CAAGAACUCUCAAAUGCGAUUUUCGGCUCGCCCCACAUAAAGUCCCAGAAAUGUCAUUUUAAAUCAAUCCUUUACCAGUACAAUCCACAAAUAAAUAAUGACAACAAGCGAACAAACAAACAAGAAGCUUUAUCCAGCUGUUGCAAUGUAUGGACCUUAUACAGUUAAAAACGUCAAAGAAGGUGAACAGAAACUAUGGUGUGCUUGUGGUCUGAGCAAACAACAGCCUUGGUGUGACGGUUCACAUAAGGGGACUGGAAUUAAACCUGUAAAAUGGACAGUUAAUAAGGCUCAGAGACUUUACCAGAUUUGUGCAUGUAAAUAUACAAAGGACCCACCCUAUUGUGAUGCCACUCACACAAACUUACCAACUGAAAUAUUGGACAGACAGGAACAUUGUGAAGACAGAGCUGGACAUGAACCCACAAAAAAAUUAUGCACAGGAUGUGGCUGGAUACCGGAUUUUUAAUUAGUAAAAUGAAAUAAAUACUGAGUGUUAAUUGUUAUCACCAUCACAUAUAUAAUUAUAUAUUACUUGUACCAUUAUUUCAUGAUUUACUAUUGCUAAUUCAAAACGA